AUGCCCCUGAAUGGGACCAGCCGUUACGCCCGUAUGCGAGCCCCAGCAUGGCUCAAUCCAUCCCCUCAACCACCAUCAGAUACCCAGAAAGAACGCCGCCAACCGAAUGAUGCGCUUCUUAACGAUCCUAAUUCCGAUAUCCUCAUCGACUUCAACUCGCGUCAAGGUUUCUACGAAGCGGCAAAGAAGAAGAAAGCAAAAACACCUUCUGCUCCCCCACCGCCGCCACCGCCGCCUGCGGCUCCACCAGCAGACGACGGUCAAAAGGAUGACAAUACCGGAGGAGAUAGAGGAGCCAGUGGAGGAGACGCUGCAGGCGGCGCCGGUGACGGAAAUGGUGAUGACAACAGCAACUCGCCCCCGAAGCCUCCCACAACCUUUGAGAAUAUCAAUCUUGGAGACAAUAAACUAGAUCUUGGUUUAAGCCCACCAGAAUCCAAGGGCAUUUCUAGUUCAUGGGGCGCGAAAUUGGGCUUUGGUGGAGGAGGAUGGGGCUGGGGCGUAGGAGGGAAAAGCGAAACGGCACCGGCACCGGCACCGGCACCACCGCCGCCUCCACAAGAAACCAAGGCUGAAGAGAACCCCUGGGACAAACCUCAUGAUAGAACAGGAGGAAUUGAAGACGACGACGACGGUUGGGGCUUUGGUGCCAAGAAAGAGAAGAAGAAGGGCUCCACGCUCUGGGGCGCCGAACCCGACGAGGGACCAAAAGAUGGUGAUGAUCCUUGGGGUUGGAGUGGUCAAAAAAAGAAGGGCAAAGCUGGUGGCAUCCUGGAAGAGCUUGCCCUUGAUUCCGAUACUGCACCUCCGAACGGAAAGAAGGAUAUUUGGGAUACUUGGGGAAUAUCCAAAAAAGACCGGGCCAAGAAGAAGGGAAUCAUGGAGGAAGUUGCUUUGGCAGCUGCACCCGAACCCCCUUCAAUGGAAGAUCAGUGGGGUGGCUGGUCUGGGAAAAAGGAGCAUUCACAAAGUUCACUUUGGGGGGCUCAAGAUUCAAUACCUGCACCUGCACCUGACCCCCCUUCGUUUGAAGACAAGGAUGGUGACGACUUUUGGAGUACUUUUGGAACUGGAAAGGCAAAACCUCCGCCAGAGGAAACGAGUGGUUGGGGACCAUUUGGUAUAGGAAAGAAAGAGCCGCCUAAGAAACAAGACGACGGUUGGGAUCUAUGGGGAACAGGUAAGAAAAAGAAGAAAGCUGGCGACUUGAUUCAAAUAGAGGAUGAUAUUCCUCCUCCCGCCCCCGAUCCCGUCGAGGCUGUUGGCACCGACGACUUCCUCGAUUCUUGGGGUUUUGGCAAGAAGCCCAAGAAACCGGCCGCUGACCCGUUCGAUUUUAAAACUUCCGGCGCCGAUGAUCCUAACGAUGCUUUUUGGGGCUCAAUAGACAACAAGAAGCCUAAUGCACAUGAGUUUCUUAUCGAUACUACUGGAGACCCAGAGCAAGCCGCCAGAGAAGCUGAAGAGCAAGCCGCUCGCGAAGCUGAGGAAGCCGAGGCCGCUCGUGAAGACGAAGAGAUUGCCAAUCUUUUGGACAAGAAAUCUAAAAGAGGAGGACGGCUCCUUAAGUCAGAUCGAGAACGUCUUGCUCUUCUUGAAGGGAAUGCCACCCGAAGAGCUGAAGCUCGAGCUACCCGCGAGGCCGAGAUGGCAGCUGCCGCUGAAGCUGCACAAGCCGCCGCUGACGCUCAAGCCGCCGCCGACGCCGAAGCUGCCGCUUUACAGGCUGCAGAAGACGCCGAAGCCGCAAAGGAGAACGAGGAGCUUGCGGCACUAUUGGCGAAGAAGCAGAAACGCAAUGGAAAGUUGUUGAAAAAGGAUCAAGAACGCCUUGCUCUGCUCGAAGGGAAUGUCUCAAGGAGGGCCGAAGCUCAAGCAGCCCGGGAAGCUGAGGCCAUUGCCGCUGCUGCAGCUGCUCCAGCGGCACCUUCUAAUGAAUUUCUUUCUCAAGAGACAGACCAGGAUGGUCUGGCCACGGAAGCAGCUGCAGAAGCUGACGCUGCACUUGCCACUGAAAUUGCGCAGGAAGAGGCGGAAAUGGAGAACCUGCAGUCAAAGAAGGCGAAGAAAGGAAAACUUCUCAAAAAAGAGCAGGAACGGCUGAAUCUCUUAAUCAACAAUGCAGCGAAACGAGCCGAGGAACAAGCAGCGAAAGAAGCAGAAGAACAGGCGGCGGCAGCAGCAGCAGCCGAAGCCGAAGCCGCUGCCCAAGCUGCUGCAGACGCCGAGGCUGCAGUUCAAGCCGCCGCAGAUGCUGAAGCUGAGGUAGCUGCCAAGGAAGAGGAGGAAAUGGCAGUGCUGAAAGCCAAGAAAGCCAAGAAGGUCAAGCUCACAAAGAACGAAACGGCUCGACUAAUGACCUUGGUUGGCAACUCUGUAAAGCGAGCUCAGGAAAAAUCCGUCAAAGAGGCCGAGGAAGCAGCCGCGGCGCAGGCUGCUAAAGAAGCCGAGGAGGCUGCAGCCCGUGAAGCAGAUGCGCUCGCAGCACAUGAGGCUGAAGCGACCGCUGCCCGUGAAGCGGAAGCUGUCAUUGCUGCCGAAGAAGAGAAGGAACUUGCAGAUCUCACAGCUAAGAAGAUCAAGCGUGGCGGCAAUCUGAUCAAGAAGAAGGAUGUGGAGCGUUUUAAUGUCCUCACUCAAAGGGCUGCCGAACGAGCCGAACGAGUAGCUAAGCAAGCUGAAGCGAUCGGUGCUGUUGAAGCUCAAGGAGAGCUUACAGAAGCCACCCAGGGAAAUGUAGAGGUGGUGGCGGAAGCUCAACCCGGACCAGAGCCUGAGCAACCGCUUGUAGACAUGGACGCAGCAUCUGUUGAUCCUGAUCCUGAUCCUGCUCCUGAUGCAGCUAUUGUUGCGGAGGAAGAAGCAGAGUUAGCCAGUCUAGAUGCAAAGAAGAUAAGGAAAGGCAAGCUUGGCAAAAAGGAUACAGAGCGGCAUAAUAUCCUCACAGAAAAUGCUGCGCAACGACUAGCUGCUAAAGAAGCAGACGAAGUGGCUGGCGCUGCCGCGGCUGAGGCCAAGGCUGCAAAAGAAGCAGAGGAAGCUGCAGCAGAAGCAGCCGCAGCAGAAGCAGCCGCAGCCGAAGCGGAAGCUAUAACUGCAAGCGAAGCUGAAGCUAUCCUGAUUGCUGAUGAAGAGGCAGAGCUUGCCACUCUUGCUGCCAAGAAAGCCAAAAGAGGGAAGCUUGUCAAAAAGGACGCCGACCGUUUUAAUAUUCUGACAGAAAAUGCUGCGCAGCGACAAACCGCUAAGGAGGCAGAAGAAGCAGCUGCCGCAGCAGCAGCAGCAGCAGCGGAGGCUGAGGAGCAGGCUGCAAAGGAAGCAGAAGCCGCAGCAGCAGCUGAAGCAGAGGCAGCAGCAGCCCGCGAAGCAGAGGAUGCAGCUAUUGCUGAGGAAGAAGCCGAGCUGGCUGUACUAACUGCCAAGAAAGCUAAGAAGGGUAAGCUUGUCAAGAAAGAUGCUGAUCGAUUUACUGUUUUAUCGGAAAAUGCAGAAAGGCGAGCCCAAGAAAUAGCCCAGACUACCGAGCAACCUGAAGAUCCUACACCAGAACCUGAGACAGAAGUUAACGAACCUUCUCCUGAACCAGCCACAGAUGAGCUUUCUGCCGAGGUUAAUGACCCUGAUGCUAUUGCAGCUGCUGAAGCAGAAGCCGCUGCUAUUGCCGACGAAGAAACGGAACUUGCUGCUUUGAUUGCUAAGAAGGAGCGAAAGGGCAAGCUUGGGAAGAAAGAUACCGAUCGUUAUAACCUUCUUACUACCAAUAGCACAGCACGGGCAGAGAAAGCCGCUCAAGAAGAGGCAGCUGCUCAAGCUACUGCUGAUGCUGAAGCAGCCGCACAAGCUGAAGCAGAGCAGGCAGCAGCAGCCGAGGCUGCUGCUCUUGAAGAGGCUGCUGCCAGAGAGGCUGCAGAGGCAGAAGCUCUGCUUAUUGCCGAAGAGGAGGAGGAGCUAGCUGCCCUGACUGCAAAGAAGAAUAGGAAGGGCAAACUUGGGAAAAAGGAUAGUGACCGAUUUGCUAUCCUGACAGAGAAUGCAACUCAACGAGCUGAGAAAGCUGCUGAGGCAGAAGUAAUGAAAGAGGCUGUUCUUGAAGUUGAAGACCUCCCUGCUGAAAUUCCUGCCGAUGCUGAAGCAGAUGCCGAAGUCGAUGCUGAAGCAGCCGAGGCCGCCGCUAUCGAGGCAGAGGCAGCUGCCAUUGCUGCUACUAUUGCUGCCGAAGAGGAAGAAGAACUAACUGCCUUAAUUGCCAAGAAAGAGAAAAAGGGUAAACUAGGCAAAAAGGAUAGCGAUCGAUUUGCUUUCCUCACUGAGAACGCCGCCCAAAGAGCCAGAAAUGCAGCACACGAAGUAGCCGCCGAGGAAGACCAAGAAGCCGCUAUCGCCGAUUCUGCAGAUACCAAUGAUCGCCCAGAUGAUAUCGAGAACUCACUAUUUGAGAAUGCCCCGGAGCCACCAGUUGUUGAAGAGGAGGCACCCCCUGAUGAUGAUGGUGCUGCUGCAGAGACUAUGGCCUUAGUUGCCGCUGAGGAACAAGAAAUUGCAGACCUAGAGGCCAAGAAGGCAAGGAAAGGCAAGCUGGGCAAGAGAGAUAUGGAACGAUAUAACCUUCUUAUUGAAAAUGCUGCUCAGAGAGCUGAAGAGCGAGCAACUAAGGAAGCCGAGCUCGCUGCUGCUGCUGAGCUCGCUGCUAUCGAGUCUGCUGACGCUAAGGCUGCUGCUGCUGCUGAGGAAGAGGCGGUGGCGAGAGAGACCGCUGAAAUUGAGGCUGCGGCAGUAAUCGCCCAAGAGGAAGAAGAGCUUGCUGCCCUAGAAGCAAAAAAGCAUCGAAAAGGAAAGCUGGGACGCAAAGAUACAGAUCGAUUUGAAUAUCUUCUGGGAAACAAGGUCGCAAGGGAAGCACAGGUUGCUGAGGAACGAGCUGCAAAGGUAGCCGAAGAGGAAGCCGAAGAGCAAGCACUUCACGAAGCUGCCGCCGCUGCCGAGGCUGAAGAGACAGCCGCAAGAGAGGCUGCCGAAGCCGAAGCUGCAGCUGUUGCUAACGCGGAGGACGAAGAACUGGCCAUCUUAGCAGCCAAGAAGGCCAAGAAGGGUAAACUAGGACGCAAGGAUACAGAGCGUUUUGAGCAGUUGUCUUCGAAUGCUGAGAAACGAGCCGAGGAACAAGCGGCCCGUGAGGUUGAGGCUGCUACUGACGAAGCUCCGGCCGUGGAAGAGCUACUUGUGGAAGAGCUUGAGGAACCAACCCCGGAACCUGAGGAGACUGUAGAAGAAGCCCCUGAUGCCCCGGUUCCCGAUAUUGACGACGACGGCGUUGCCGAGGCCGCUGCCAUAGCCGCAGAAGAAGAAGCGGAGCUUGCUUCUCUUGAAGCCAAGAAGGCACGGAAAGGAAGGCUUGGGAACAAGGACACCCAGAGGUUCACGUUUUUAACCGGAAUUGUUUCAAGACGCGCUGAAGAGCAGGCAGCAAAGGACGCCGCCGCUCAAGCUCUGGCCCAGACGACUCCCGAAGAUGUUGCUGAAGAAGAAGAAGAAGAUAUUCCCGACCAAGAAGAUGCUGAAACUGCCGCUAUCGAGGCUGAAGCCGCCGCUAUAGCUGCUACUAUUGCUGCUGAAGAAGAGGAGGAGCUUGCUGCCCUUACUCUUAAAAAGACGCGAAAGGGCAAACUUGGCAGAAAGGAUACAGAACGCUUUGAUUUGUUAAUGCAAAAUGCAGCUAUACGCGCGGAAGAACGUGCCAUUAAGGAAGCCGAAUCUGACGGCCAGGCCGAAGAAUUGGUACCCGAAGAGGUUGAUGAUAUUCCUGAGCCGGAGCCCGAGGAGAAUCAUGAUGCAGAAGAAGUAGCUGCCCAGGAGGCAGCCGACGCCGAAGCCAUUGAACUUGCAGCGCUUAACAAGAAGAAGGCAAAGAAGGGUAAACUGGGUCGUUCUGAUACUGAGCGAUUUAAUAUCCUUGUCGACAAUGCUGCAAAGCGUGCCGAAGCUGAGGCAGCCAAGGAAGCGGGAGAGGGUUUGGGAGACAUACCCCGAGCUGAGGAAGAGGAGGACGAUGAAUUUGUUGAUGCUGAAGACGGCGAGGAAGACGAGUUGGCUGAGGAGCUAGAACCUGAAGGCGAAGAACUUGCUGAGCCUGAUCUUCAGGAAGAUGAACCGGCCAUAGCCGAAGCUAUGGUAGCUGAGGCAGCGGCACAAGCUGCCCUCAUCGCAGAAGAAGAGGCCGAGUUGGCUGCGUUGAUGAAGAAGAAGCAUAAGAAAGGAAAACUAGGCCGCAAAGAUACUGAAAGAUUCCAAGCGUUAGCAGAGAAUUCUGCUAAACGCGCUGAGGAGGCGGCAAUCCGAGAUACAGAAGACGCAGUUGCAGAGGUCGAAGUAGAGCUUGGUGAACCAGAACCAGCAUCUGAAGCUGCUGAACCCAAGCCUGAAGAUAAUGGCCUGGAGGAGGCUGAACAAGUGGUAAUCGCUGAGGAAAAAGCAGAACUGGCAGCUUUAAUGAAAAAGAAGGCAAAGAAGGGAAAACUUGGUCGGAAGGACACUGAGAGAUUUAUCAUCUUGUCAGAAAAUGCUACCCGCCGCGAACAGGAGCGAGCUGCUGUUGAGGCUCAGACUGAAGCCGUUCAGGAGGAGCCUGAUAUCGAAGGUGUGGGAGAGACUGGAGGAGAGGAGCAGGAGCAGGAGCAGGAGCCUUUAGAAACACAAGAGGAGGAAGCUGCAGCUCGAGAAGCUGAAGAGGCAGCUAUUGCGAAAGAAGAGGAAGACGAGCUCGAGGCCCUUCAAGCCAAGAAAGUAAGAAAGGGCAGGUUAGGCAGAAAAGAUACUGAACGCUUUGCCAUAUUAGAGGAGAAUGUAGCAAGGCGCGCAGAAGAACGUGCUGCGGCUGAGGCUGCUAUAGUUAAUCAACCUGAGGAAGACGGUGAGGGUGAAGGUGAAGAGGAGGAGGAGGAGGAGGAAGAAGAGGAAGAGGAGGGGGGGGAGGAGGAGCCUGAGGCAGACGAGGAAGAAUUGGCGACCCAAGAAGCAGAGGAGGCAGCAGCGCGGGAAGCAGAGGAGGCAGCAGCUCGGGAAGCAGAGGAGGCAGCUAUCGCUAAGGAGGAGGAGGAUGAGCUCGAGGUCCUUCAAGCUAAGAAGUCAAGAAAGGGCAGAUUGGGCAGAAAAGACACCGAGAGGCUUCGAAUCUUAGAAGAUAAUGCAGCAAAACGCGCCGAGGAACGCGCCGCUAAGGAAGCAGCAGCCGUCGAAGCAGACCUUGGAGCUGAAGAUGCUGAAGAAGAGGAGCAGGAGGACGACGACGAGGAAGAAGAAGAAGAAGAAGAAGAAGAAAACAAGGACGAGGAAGAGGACGAGGACAAAGACGCAGAGGACGAGGAUAUCGAUAACGGUGAAGUGGGCAAGGGGAGAGAUGAUGCUGAUGCUGAGGAGGCAGCAGCAGCAGCAGCGAGAGAAGCCGAGGAGGCAGCAGCUAAAGAGGCGACAGAAGCCGCAGCUCGUGAGUUGGUCACGAAAGAACUUGAGGAGCUUGACUUCCUCCAGUUCAAGAAAGCAAGGAAAGGUAGGCUUGGCAGAAAGGAUACCGAACGACUCAGAGUUCUAGAGGAGAACGCUACCCAGCGUGCUGCAGAGCUAGCCGCCAAAGAAGAGGCUGCCGCAGCAGCAGAAGGGGAAGAAGCGGAUGUAGUCGAAUUCGGCAACCCUCCUGAAGAAGAGGAGUCGGACAUUGAAGCCGAGGACAAUGAUGAGGAUCAAGAAGCGGACGCUGAAGACACUGCGAAUAAAGAAUCGAGUGACGUCGAAAAUGAAGCUAUUUUCGGCGAAGACGAAGAAAAGGAAGCUGAGGUACUGCCAAAGGACCAAGUUCCCGAAGCCCCUGCAGAUGAUGAGAUCGUCGAGGUCAUCGACUUAUCGCCAAAGAAAGAAAGGAAGAGUAGGAAGAGCAAAUCCCGUCGCGAUGCUCCUCCGCCUCCUCCAGUUCCAGAUCCUCCGUUGACGCCACCACCUGAGUCGAAGCAGUCUCGAAGGCCCAAAAUUCAUCGCGAAGGAACUUCAUUUGGUCGGUGGGCCGCGACACCACAUGAAGAGAGGGUUGAGCCUCAAGAGAAGUCAACUAGACAUAGACGGCGAGAGGAAAAGACGUCGUCCAAGGGUUCCUCAUCCGACAAAGUCGAGAAGACUCCAUCACGAUCUCGUGGCACUGCUUUGUUUAGUAAACCACCACUCACUCGUUCCGCUACCAUGCGCGAGAAGAAAGACGGCAUCGGCAGCAAACGUCGCCACUCUACCAAUGCUCGCGGACUUGUAUCGCCUCCUCCUGAAGAUGUGCUCAUGGGCGAGGAUGAAUUAAGCAAUCGCCGCAAGUCGCGUAAACCUCGAUCACGCGAAGAUGAAGAUGCAAUGAUGUCUGGCGCUGCUCCUGUGCCUGAUAAAUAUGAACGUCGUCGUUCAAAUAAACCACGGUCGCAUGAGGACGAUGAUUUGGUUAUGGUAGAUCCUGAACUCGCGCCCGAUAGACGCGAGCGCCGACGGUCUCACAAACCACGAUCUCGCGAAGAGGAAGAAGUCGCCGUGGUCGAUACCGAACGUCGUCGGCGAGCCAAGAGAUCGAGGGAUGAAGAGCCCGUGAUGGUGGAGCCUGACGUCCCUUUUGACGCACCUCCACGAAGUUCCAAGAGGUCCUCAGGUUUCGCUGGCCUCUUCAGUGGUUUGCGAACGCCGAAGACUGAACGACCUGACCCUCUGCGACGUCGCAGCACCUAUGCGACAACUGAUGACGAAGCCUUGCGCAGCGCCAAAAUGGAUGGUGACGCAGUAUUAGUAGAUGCUGACCGGAAAGCAAGGAGAGCUGCACGCAGGGCCAAGAGGGCUGCUGAAAGCGGUCCUGAUCCUGAGGAAGCAGCGCGUCGAGCUCGAGAUGAGAUACGCCGUGAACGACGUCGACAGCGCGAGGAAGAAGCCGAUCCUACAAGGCAAGACAAAGAGGCCCGCCGUGCUGAACGCAGACGACAGCGUGAUGAAGAUGCACGACGAGCCCAGGAGGAGCGACAGGCGCAAGAAGAACAACAACGACUGCAAGAGGAAAAGGAGGCACAAAGAGCCGAACGUAGGCGCUUGCGUAGAGAACAGGAAGCAGUCGCUGCCGCAGAACAAGUCGAAGAUGAAGAGGCUCGUCGAGCUGCCAAACGCGAACGCCGUCGGCGCGACACAAAGCGGGCUGCUCGAGGUGCAGAAGAGGAGGAAGGUCGUCAGCGACGAAGUCAGCAAUCUGCAGACGAAUAUAACCAGCGGAGAUCCCAUCGUCGCGAAGAGAGACCGCAGGCUCCAGCUUGGCCUCAUUCUGGGACUUCAUCAUGGGUCAAGGAACACUCUGACGCACCCCCUCCUCCUGACCUCGGUGACGGGGGUGAAGCAAAUGGUGGACAGACCGAGGACGAGAUGGCAAGACGUGAAGCUCGUCGAGCUCAUCGAUCGAAAUACGAGGAAGAGCCCACAGAAGAGACCGAAGAUCGGCGAAGGCGACGAGCAAGGCGAGACGAUCGUGAGCGCGGUGGUCGAGAUAGAGAACGUCACCGAGAUAGGCGCUCGGAAGGUAGCGACGAGCGACAUCACAGCCGUCGAGCGUCAACCUUUAUGGAGGCAGCAACAACACCUCGCACAAGUUGGUGGAAGAAGAUCGCUGGAUGA